AUGGCGAUGAGGCAGAAAUCAAUGGCGACUUUGCCAAAAUUGAUUCAAAGUAUGAGAAAAGAAGUUCCGAAGCAUACGAAUCCAGUUUUGCCGUCUCUAAGAAGAGCUUUUUCUCUCUAUGAUCAGAUCAAUCUCAUUGACAAUGUUCCCGAAGACCAGCUCCGGUUCCAAGAAUUUAAUGAGACGAGUUUCACGGUGAAUGGGGUGAAAUACGAAGGUAGCUUACUCUGUGUUGGGAAUUUGCUUAUGUCAUGGAGCCCUCGCAAAUUCUCUGAGAUCACACCUGAUAGCUUGUCUAUUUUCCAGACAGUUCGACCGAUUCCAGAGCUCUUGAUUGUUGGUUGUGGAAGAAACAUUCACCCGGUAACUCCCGAGGUCCGUCAGUUUGUCAAGUCCAUUGGCAUGAAGCUAGAAACAGUUGAUUCUAGAAACGCUGCAUCAACUUACAACAUUCUGAACGAAGAAGGAAGGGUCGUUGCUGCGGCAUUGCUUCCAUACGGAGUUACAUCCUAA